AUGAAUGCUGACGAACUUGCACAAUAUCAAUACCAACUUGAUCAAGUUAAUCUCGCUCUGAAAAACGAUCCAGAAAAUUCAGAACUCUUGAAGCUGAAAACUGAUCUGACAGAACUUAUUAGUUUAACAACAACUAUUAUCGAUCAAGAAGCAGUUCCACCAACACCAAAAAGGUCACCUUCGUCUAUUUCACCUAAAACUAAUUCUACGCCAACUACACCGACCUCAAAUUCAAUACUAAGCUUUUCUAAACCUCUUCAAGUGGGAGAUAGUUGUUUAGCACCUCAGAUAACGGCUAUUGGUGGUGGUGAUCAAGUUUUUUCUGUUGUUUUUAAAGGUUUUAAUAACGUUGAACUUGUUAAUGUUCAAGACAUUAAACCUCUGGAAAAGAAUAAAAAAAAGGCCUUAGCCGAAAGCAAGAAGGAAAGAGAACAUAAGAAAAAGAAGGCAGGAGAAGGCCAAAAGAAAGUUAACGAACAAGUAGCAAAGCAAAAAACUUGGUUGGCAUUUGCGAGUGGUCCUGCAGUGGCACCUGGAAAGAAGACGACGAAGACGAAAAGACUGGUGCAACCUCCAAUCAAUAAAAGAAGUAUCUUUGCUACUCCAGAAAAUCCAGAAGGCAAAG